GAACUACGAAAGGAAUUCUUGGCAGAUCGUACAGAGUUCAAAGCGCUUGAGAUAUUGAAACGCAUGGUAGCAAUCGAUGUGAACCAAGUCGACGAGAAUGCGUGGCUAGAUUGCAAAGAUGUAUUAACAAUGCUUCUGAACGCAAUACCGGUGAAUACUCUAUUAGAAACGCAGCAGGUACAGAACGCUUGGCUAGACUGCAAAGAUCUAUUAACAAUGCUUUUGAACGCAAUACCGGUAAAUACUCUAUUGGAAACGCAACAAAUUAUGCUUCUAACUGCACUUGAGACUUGUCCACCACAUGUUGUAACAGCAUUGGCGUCUCACUUCAUAACUAAUGAACAACAAGUUGCACCAUUGUUGGAUGGCGUCGCACAAGCUGUCGCGGUGGCCUUUGCGAGAAGAAUCAAUCAUCCUGACACAUAUGAGCAGGUUUGUUUUAUUUUCUAA